AUGGACCCUUUUACUCAGAGAAUGUUAGAGCGAGCGCGGGCUAGACAGGAGAGAAUCGACCAAAAACUAGCGAAUUCCGGUCAAGCUGUUCCAAAACGAAAACCACUACAAGAGAAUAUUAUUACAAGUCAAUCAUCUCCAGUCAAAUCUCCCAUUAAAGCUAAAGAACAAGUAUCAUCGCCAAGAAAUUCCAAAGAGCCAGUUAAUUGCGAUACACCGAUUAUAAAGAAAGUAAUACAGAAAUCAGAUUAUACAUCGCCACAGCGAGUGAAAAACGAUAUUGUAGUAACAAAAAAGGAGUUUAAAAGUCGCAAGAGCAGCCUCACUCGACGUAAUUCCGAUGUAUCUGUUGAGAUAAAUAUAUCACAUAGAAACGACAUCCAGAUCGAAGUACAGGUUGAAGAAAGGGACGCGCCCAUCAGUAUUACCUACGACGCUGGCUUGGAUAACGCCAAUAAUGUAAUAAUCAAGGAAUUAGAAGAUGAAAGUCCCAAAAAGGAAAUCAAGGCAAUAGAUAUGGAGACGAAGAAUGAUAAAAUUGGUCUUCGGCAGAAUGUUAAAUCAAGAUUGGAUCGCCUUGGAAAUUUGUAUUCAGAUAAACCAAAUCUAUCAUCGCCUAUACAUCGGACAGAACAACAGUUCACUUGUGAUACUCCUCCCUCGGUGCCAGAGGAGACACCAAAGACCGAGAAGCCCAAAAGUAGGGGGAAAGGUGGGAGAUUGGCAGCCCUCGCUGACCAGAUAAAUAACUGGGAAGAUGAUUUGAGUCAUCAUACCUUUAAACGAGAUGUUAAGAAAACUACCUCAAAAGAAGACAAACAUGAAUCUUCAACGUUGGAUGUGUCAAUACACUCCAUAAAGGAUAUCGACCGAGCACUUCAGGCAGUUAAGAAGCCAUCGAAACCAAAUCCUGCCCAUACAUUCAUAAAGCCGAUGAAUGAAUGCCAGCGACUUGACAAGAAAAUAGUAGCUGAGCUGGAGAGCGAGGGUUACCGCCGCGUAUCAGCCAGCCAAUCGCGGCUGGUGUACGAUUUCGUUCGAAACCGACAGGAGCCGAAGACAGCUACCCCCAGUGCGACAUCAGCCCCCAGCAUGGCGACACUGGCAGCGUCGCCGGUCGUUAAGAGACCGUCCAUCAAGAAGUACAGGGCACCGACGCCGCCCGGCAAGAUUAUAGAAGAGAACGGCUGUGAUAAAGACAAAGAGAACAACGAAAUAGAUCUUAAUAAUGAUGAUAAGGCUGAUGACAAGCCGGCGAUUGAUUCCCCGUCUAGAAGAACAGUCAGGCGGACUAGUGAGGAUAGGAGCUCCGUCAUGUCAAAAGCAGCGAUGUUUGAGUCCGGCAGCCCUCGUAUGAAAGAAAAAGACCCGGCCGAAAUGUCGCUCAGGGAACGGAAGGCUUUGUUUGAAAAGAAUAAGGGCGCCGCCAUAGUACCUAAGGCCCCGUUCGGACUAGCACCCUCUGUCAGAACCCUGCACGGCGAUAAAGACACAAAGAAACCAGCGCAACGAACGCCAACCAAAAACACUCCAGAAAAGACAAUCUCUAAUUCAAAGGAUAGUUUGUCAGAAGACACCAUAAGUCAAUCUUCCUUGGGUGGAGGAAUUAAAGGGAAGUUAGCAGCGUUAUUCAAUAAGGAACAGACGAUCAGCGAGACAAACAUCGCUAAUAAAUACAGACAGGAGAGGGACAGGGAAAUGGAAAUGUUGCAGAAUAGAUUCCACUAUAAGCCAACUUCUAAUCCUAAACCCGAAAACAAUGAAUCAGACGAUGACAAUGAUCACGAGUCUGAGAAGGCUCCUCUGAUGGGCAGCACGGCCAGUCUGGCGGCCGCCAAGAAACCUGAGAUCAUUGCCAAUGUGCCAAAGACGGACAAAAUCGAGAAAGUCGAUGAAAAGACUCAGCCUGCUAAGAGACGAAGUUCCCAAGACUCACCGGUGGUCUUAUCAGUUCUUGACGAAGUCAAAAGGAUCAAAGUGAACAAUAUCAAAGAGAGCGGUCCAAUAGUGAGCCAGCCGACCGGUCUGUACCCUCACCUGUCGGACUUAGACACCGACAAUUCAAAUAGCCACGAGGAGUAUUCAGACUGCGGUGGAUCAAGUACUGAAGAUAUUAAGGAAAAGUUGGAUAAGUCAGAAAACUGGGCUGAAACAUCUUUCGGACGGGAGGUCUUGAAUGUGGUGAAGAAGAAUAAUUCAAGCUACAAGAAAGCUGUUCAAAGCGACUCUGAUGAUGAAUCUGGUGCCUGUGACAGUGAGCUGGAUGAACUGUUGGAUGAAGCGUUGGAUGAUGAGGGACCGACACCACCCAAGGUCAAUAAGGUGAUAGAGCAAGACAGUCUGUCGUCAUCAAGUUUCGUGUACCAGGACAAUGUGGCGUUCAAGUCCCCGCUGAAGACGCCGGCCAGGGACCGCGCCAACGAGCUCGUGCACAGCGUCAGCUUCUACAGGAGGAUGCAGGCGUCAUCAACGCCGACGACUCCUAUGAGAGUGAUCCGCCACGUGUCUCCUGAACGAGACUCCACGCCCGAGGUUGCUCCCGUCACUACGGUCAGGCAGAGGAUCAAGGAACUACACAACGAGAUUAAUAAACAACAGACUGUUAUAUCACAGGCCAGUCAAGCUCUCAACCUGUGCGCUGCAACCAUCGAGUUUAGUGGCUCUACUGAACAAGCGGAGGGUGAAAGAUUACUGCUGUUAGCGACUCACCGUCGCCAAGCCUGCCUCCACGAAGUUCAAAGGCUUCAGGUAGAGGGCGCAGGUCCAGCGGCCACAGCUGGGAAAGCCACUCUCAACAUCAGCAACCUACGGAUACCUCUCAGGAGAGAUUAUAUACGACAACUCAAUGCUGAUGGCGCCGUAGGUCACCACGUGGUCUGUCUCCUCAAAUGUCGUGACCGAGUGCUAGCUACCAGCAUGCAGCUGACUAAACCCAACGCGCCGCUACACUUCCCAGACGAAAUAAGGAUGGAAGGACUCAAUGGAGACUUUAAGGUGACAGUGGAGAUAUAUCUGCUUCAAGCAUCCAAGGAAAUAUUACCUCACAACGUCAAAUAUCACAUCACUAACAAAAAGAGCGGUUCCAAACUACUCACUCCCAAAUCGAAAGUAUCGGAACUGAAGGCCCCCCGUGUUGCCAGUCCCGGGGGCCCGCUGUCAGUGAGGAGUCCCCAGUUCGCUCUUCACGGCUACUGCAUCUUCGCGCUGCAACAGGCAGCUAGAAAGAGCUUCACACUCAACAAAGUUCCACCUGACAGUCCGCUAGAGGGCUCCAUCAGUACUGACAUAGCCGCCAGGGUCCUCGUGCCCCCGCCUGAGCCCCACGCAGCCUUCCUUACCGCCUUCGAUGAUGUAUCGGGGCUGGGGGCCUGGCACAGACGAUGGGUGAGACUACAGCCGCCCCGCCUCACUUAUUGGAAGUAUCCGGAUGACGUCACCAAAAAGAUGCCGAUCGGUGAUAUAGAUCUGACGACGAUCAUAUCAGAGAAGGCGGUGAAGGCCCCCCGUGAUCUGUGCGCGAGGCCCCACACUAUAUUACUCGAGGCCUCCGCGCCCCCGGGCCUCGACGCGCCCGAGGGAGGCUCCCUGGUGUACGUGAGGGGGCCCGGCGGGUCCGUCAUCAGGAGACACUUACUGGCAGCUGAUACAGCCGCUGAUAGAGACGUCUGGCUGGAAAAACUCAACCAGGCCUUAGAGUACGUGCGCUGUGCGCCCUCCGACAGCGAGUGA